GGGUAGCGUUCGCGGAAGUCUCGCGUUGUUAAGAUUUUCUCUUUUUUUUUGCGUGAGAAUUAAAAAUAUCAGCCCAGACGGGUGGAGUGGCACCGAAGAACAGCCCUUAGGCUGAGCCCGACUUUGAUUCCGGAGAGCAUCAGCUAAUUAAAAAUGACGAGGGGAAACCAGCGCGAACUGGCCCGUCAGAAAAACGCAAAAAAGCAGACCGACGGUUCCAAGGGGAAAAGGAAUGAAGAUGGACUAUCCGCAGCUGCGCGAAAGCAGAGGGAUGCAGAGAUAAUGCAACAGAAGCAGAAAAAAGCCAACGAGAAAGGAGAACCUAAAUCCAAAUAACCCUGGGGAAGAUGGCGCACGGACAUUACGGUUCUUUUUUUUUCUUUCUUUCUUUUUUAAAUCACUCAACAUUAUUCUUGAUGUUAGGAGGAUGGAUCUUUCUUUUUUGGCCUAGACUCCAGAAUUUAGAUCAUUUAUCUGCCUGUACUCUUUCCUAUGUUAGGGGGGGAGGGGUUAUGUAGCUUUGGAAGGUGUAUUUGUAAGUUGAGGUUUUGAAUUGUACUUCAGGUGCUGAUCUAGCUCUUACUCUGGAAAUAGCUUCUCUCCUCUGAGCAAUGCUUACUGUGUAAAGAUCAAGGGAGCAAAGGCAUGGCUGUCGAGCUUGGAUCUACAUAACCAUCUUGUAUUUUUGUAUCAAACUGUUUUCCCCCCGUGACUUGAAAUAAUUUAAAUAAAACGUAGCUUUAUA